AUGGCGCCCACCACAAUAAGAGAUGCUGUUGCAGCACCUGAAAUUGAAAUUGCCUUGAAAAUCAUUUUGGGAAAGGAAUACUUCCAACAUGUGGAAGGAUCUGGAGAAGGAAAUGAUGGUAAAAUCCUAGAGUUCAUGCUGGAGACAAGGCACAAAGCCUUUGAUUGGAUUGUCAACCAGGAUCCAAUCCAGCUAGAGUAUAACUCUCCGAAUUUGGUUCAGAGAUUCCUUUUGGUGCUCUUCUAUUACCAAACCACAAGGCAUCAACGAUGGAAGGAGUGCAAUCCACCAGCAACUCCCCAAGGAAGCGCAUUCUGCUAUGAGCCAGACAUUGUAACUGGUGAAGCAACAUCAACCAUUUGGGGUGAUCUGUGGCUCUCUGCCAGUCAUGAAUGCCAGUGGGCUGGAGUGGCCUGUGAGACUGUACAGUCAAAAGAGAUGACAGUUGUUGGGCUAAAAGUUCUUUGGAACCAUCUCAAUGGCCCCCUCCCAUGGGAGAUUUCACAAUUGCCACACCUGAAAAAUAUCGAGUUGACAUACAACAUGCUGAGUGGAAUGCUUCCACCAAAGCUGCUCUCUUUUUCAUUGGAGAAUCUCCGGUUGGGCAUCAACCAACUCUCAGGACCCAUCCCUGCUGGAUGGUUUGAAAUUCUCGAUGAAGGAAAUGCAAAACUUACCACACUUCAAAUCUCUUCAAACAGACUGACUGGGACAAUCCCCUCUGAAGUGGGGAUGUCCCCCUUGAAGAGAAUUUUUCUCAACAACAAUUCACUGACAGGGUCUCUCCCACUGGAAAUAUUCCACAUGGGUUCUCUUGAGUAUCUAAUGGUUUAUCGAAAUGAUCUUACGGGCACCCUGCCAAGUGAAAUUGGAUUGCUAACGCACUUGCGAUUUAUGGUUGUAAUGCACACUGGCAUUGGAGGAACCAUACCCUCGGAAAUUGGUCUGGCCACUCAAUUGAGCGAGUUCCAUGCUUCCUACUCCAAUAUGGAAGGGACGGUCCCAGAAGAAUUGUAUACUGAACUCACCGAAUUCGGUGCUUUGUCCCUGAAUAAUUGCAACUUUUCUGGGACCAUCAGUACAUCACUUGGUCUUUUGACAGAUCUCUGGAGACUGAAUGUGGCCAACAACAACUUCCAUGGCACAAUUCCCAAUGAGAUUGGGGCACUGACUAAGCUGAAUGAACUAGAAGUGAAUGGGAAUGAGCUCACUGGCACUGUUCCUGUAUCUGUAUGCCAUUCUACUGAUAAUUAUGGACUCUCUUCUGCGGUUGUGGCUGACUGCUUGCCAAAUCCCGGAACUGGAGUUCCCACAAUCGAAUGUGGUGAUGAUUGCUGCACCAGUUGUUGCGACAACACAGGGGUAUGCCUUGCAAAUUGA